UGCUUCUCUGCAGGUUGAUUCAAUGAARUUGGACGUUUGUCUAACGAUUCCUUAAAUAUUACUGAACCUUUACAGAAGAAUAUGAUUGGAAAAUGAUCACACGCCUUUGCUCAACGAUAAUGGCUAACAUUCCGACCCAUUAUGUAUAGAUUCUUUCUGGGUUGAGCGGUUCUUGAGUACUGUACUUACUGUAGKGGAUAGCAUGCUGGUAGAGAUGGUAGUUGUACAACAUUUAUUUAUACCAAGGARCAAGAUUUGUUCGAUUUUGUUGGAUUUAACCGAUGGAGAACGGAAAUGAGAAGCCAAACACUGGACUCGUUAACGAGACUAGUUUAAAUGGCAGUAAAYACCAAGGAACUUGGAGAAUUGUUUGUGGUGGUGAUCAGAGGUUCUUUUUUGUAAAUUCAGAGAGUGGCAAAUCACAGUGGCUACCACCAGCAGACCUUUGGUCUAGUGAACUAGGUUUACCAUAUGGAUGGGAAACUGGAAUAAGUGGCAAUAACAUCAAAUAUUAUAUCAAUCAUGUCGAAAAGACAACGACAUUGGAAGAUCCUCGUUCCGAGGCUGACCAGGCAAUUCAAAUGCGAAUGGCUGCCCAGCGUUCAAGAAAGGUACAGAUUACUAGAGAUCCUGCGAUGGGUUUUGGGUUCGUUGCUGGCAGCGAAAAACCUGUUGUUAUUCGUUCUGUGAUUCCGGAUGGUCCAUCGAAUGGAAAACUAUAUUCCAAUGACCAGAUACUUAGAGUAAAUGGCGAAGAUGUYAGUGAUGUCCCUCAAGAACGAGUUAUCAAUCUUAUCAAGUCGUGCACCAAUAGUCUGGAAAUGCAUGUGGUUUCUAGUGAAGAUCUUCAGGAUGCGAAAAACCAGGGGCAGCGUAGAUCAUCGUUAAUGAGUAGAGCAACACGAGAGAGGCGUCGCUCAUCUCCGGUCAAUGUYCGAUUUGCUGAUGAUAUUGUUCAAUAUAUUGGUCCUGCUGAGCGGGCCAGACGAAGUUCUUUGCCUGUUAUUCCAAAUGUCCUUAAAGUGUACUUAGAAAAUGGUCAAACUAGAUCUUUUCAUUACAAUCAAAAAACUACGAUUCAGGAAAUCUUUACUUCUCUUGGACAAAAGAUUGGUAUAAAGUCGAUGCAAUACUUUAGUCUCGUUCUGAGCGGGCCUCAGAAGAAUCAAAUGUCGUUGAUCCAGAACCACGAAAAAGUAGCUGACGUCUAUUUAAACAGAAAUUGUAGCCGAACGUCCUGGGUAUGCAAACUGCGUCUCUGCUUUUUGCCAAGAAAUCCAAUUGAUCUGUUUGACGAGGAUCCUAUUGUCUUUAACUAUCUUUAUGAUCAGAUAAGCAAAGACAUAGUGGAAGGACACUUUGGGAGUGACCUGAGAUAUGACUUAGCUAUCAAACUUGCUGCUUUACACAUGCAACAAAAAGCCACGCAAUCUAAGAACAAGAUGCCUGCAAAGCUUUCAGUYAAGAUAAUAGAGAAAGACUUUGACGGACUGGACCACUUCAUUCCAGAUGACAUUAUCCGUGGCGUGAAAAUGAAAGAUCUACGCAAGGUGAUAGACCAGCAAAUAAAGUUUAAUCARAGCUUAGCAACGGUUGGUCAACGAUAUUUGACAAGUGCUGAGUGUAAGAAACAAUAUUUGAAAGAAGCAAGAGAUUUGAUGUCUUAUGGUGGGAAGUACUUUAAAGUUGUACUUUAUUCGUAUGACCAGUUGACUACCAACGGAACAGCAAAGACCGACUCGAAGAAGCCAAGUCAGCAGGAAGCAACGUUACUUGUAAGCCCUCGAUAUGGUCUGAGUCAGAUGGUCAAAGGGGAGGUCAAUGUGUUAUGUCAAGUUGCUGAUUUAGAGCAAAUCACCGAGUUCGCGAUAGCUUACCAUACUGAAGGAAAACGACUUUUGACGAUAUCGAGCAAAGACAGUAAGGACACAGUUCUUGUCAUGAAACCGCUGGACAGUAUGGAUCUUGUGACUUUUAUCAUCGGUUAUCAAAAGUUGUGGAAGAAACCAACAGCAAAACUAAAAAUUAUUGGCGACACUGAGGAACCACUUGCUCCUCUUUCAGACGGCGACAUUCCUUCAUAUGCAUCAAUACAUCGUGUUAUACCAGAUAGCUGGUCCUAUCCAUCUUUUCUUCAAGUUCCUGGAAACAAUUCAAACCAUAACUUUUUCGUCGACUUGUCAAACAAUCCGUCUGCUGUCAAUGKAAAACCAAUUGAYGAAGUUGAAGAUAGCAACUCCCCAUUGAAACGAUCUUUGGGAGAUUUAACGUCUAAUGAAAGUAUUGGAAACGACAUCGUCCCUUCGGAUGUCCCCGAGAAAAGAGCCAAAAGCGAUGAUUCGAUAAGUGUAGGAAGUUUAAACACUGACGAGCAAUCAAGRGCGCUGUAUGCUAUAACAGAGGAGAACGACGAUUUAAUUACUCAACUUUCUUUUGCUAAAGAAAUGUGUCAGGACAACCAGACUCAAUCAAAGGCUCUUAAUCAAAAUAUUGAAUCUGAAAACAAGACAGAGUCAGAUUGUACCGUCGAAGGAAAUUAUAAAAUUGAAAGUGAACAUGAUGUCAUUGAGGUUGAUAAAAUGGCUACGACAGUUGAUCACAAUGAAGGGAAAGACCGAAACGGUCUUGAUGAUUCGAAURAGUUAAAAGAAAUUCAAGAUGCAAACGUGGGCAAAGCAAACGCGGGCAAAGCAAACGACGCGAAAACGUUGCUUAAAGCUGAUGACGAUGAUUUUGAACAAGCAAUCAAAGACGAUUUUCUUGAUAUAAAUGAUAUCGACAUUGAUGAUCGAGGUAGCGAUGGAACUAAUGAYGACAUUCAUUCAAGUCUUGCAGAUUUUAGUUUUGCUGGGGAAUUGUUUACACCUGACCUUAGAUCAUCUGCAGAAUCUCUGAAUAUUGAUGAUGAUAUAACUACUGAUGAUUUACAGCAAAUCAAUGUGGAUCAUCAUCGAGACCCAUCUCCAAGUAAAAAUGCUGAAGAUAUUCCUAUUUCUCCAGGAGGAACAGCAUUGAAUCCAGUUAUUUCUAGCAACAUACCUAUUGAACACAAGAAAUAUUUCUCUAAACGGAUCCACGUUGAUGAAUUAGACACUAAACUUCUCAAUGGUAAACAUGAUGAAAUGGAUGGAAAGAAACAAGAAACUAUUGUUUAUGAUAUUGAUUUGGAUGAUAAUGAUUACAAUGAAGAUGAGGAAACGGGAAUUAAGCUGCUUUCAUUUACUCGAUUUGAUGAUGGGGAAUGUAAGGAGACAACUUCAGAACAAGACAGUAAAGACUCUGAUAUAUCCUCUCUCACUUCACGUGAAUCGAAUAAUGUAGACGAAGAAGAUCCUUGUAGCAAUGAGCAGARUGAACCAUUGAAUCUAAAUACUAGAGUUGAGAUGAAUGAGUUUUCAAGUACAAAUGCAAGGAAAACGAUGGAAAACAUGAAAAAUCAAGAAAGUGAGAUCUCCAAUAUCAAGGGGUUGGAACAGAUUGACAGUGCAAUUUUACCUGACAAGAGCGAACACAUAGGUGAUAAUACAUCAAAUGUGACAUUAGAUCUUUUAGGUUCUGACAACAAAGUACUGUCGAGUAAUACUUUAAUUCUCGGAAGCGAACCGGGAGAAUCUGACGACAAACCUUUCGUCACCGCAGAAGGAYCAUCUUCACAAGAGAUAACAUUUGCCAGUGACCAAGAUCUUUUGUUGAUGGACUGGAUCAUUCCCCCUCCCCCAGGGUCGACGCGAGAACUCCAAGAAAGUGACAUCACAGUAGCAUCCCCACCCCCCGUAAGUCCUGAUCCUGUCUCGUCUCCUCCUGUCGAACUAGCAGGAUUUGACGAUCUUGAAAUAGAUGGUUUGGUUGUUCCUCCCCCACCACUCGGCCCUUCACUGGACGAACUUAUAAAGAUCGUGUCCCCUCCACCAGAUAAAGAAAAGAGCUUCAAUAAAAUAUGGGAUAGUCAAGUAGCUCAAUCAAAUGUUACUAAAGCAAUGGAUACGAACACCGAGGAAUUGAAGAGGCUUUCAUUGACCGAGGGCCAAGAAGCUGAUCUAACUUUUCCAGAACGACAUCAUCAGCGCAGCCAUUCAUCAGAAUCAUCAGGGCCACAGAAUCUUGAUUUCGACAGUGACUCCGCUUAUUAUUACAGUGAAAGUCUGGUAUCCUGUUAUAGUAUGAGCAAUGAUUCUCAAAGGACAUCGGAAGAUGAAUUAUUCGAAGAAGAAACAAACGUUUUGCCCGUAAAAGUGGACAAAGCUUUUAUGCAAACAGAUAUACUAGAUGUAAAGGAUCCAAGAUCUAGUAGURAUAUGGACGAACGGAUUAAAUAUAAAGGCAAUUUUUCAAACCAAUCAUUAAUAGAAGGGACUCCUAUCCAAAGACAUGGAUGCAAGCCAACGAAAGUGAUAUCACAAGAACACCAGUUACCAUCAUAUAAGAAUGAUAUCCUUCGCACUUCACAACAAGCCACACAUUUKWCUAACGGCCUUCCGUUYGACGAUUAUGAUUGUAUUGAUGAUGUGGUUGUUAACCCAAUGAAAAAAGGGAAACCCGAGAAAUCAGGUUCUGAGAGCUUAGUUCAUAAUGUAACUCAAAGUAGAAAAGAUGAUGCGGGACAAACAAAGGGUAUAAAUACUCAACUAUCAACCCCAGCGAAUCCAAAUUUCUCCAACCCCACUAUGGAAGUUAUUCUAGCAGAAGAGGAAUAUUCGGAUAAUGCCAGUGUUUUUUCAAGCAGUUUUCCUGAAUAUUUGCUGCAACAAUCAGAUACUGCUAAAAGUCCCUUAACAUCGAAUGUUGAAGAGGAUGGUAGAACUAGCGAUUUUAACAAUGACCUUCGAGUGACACCCUUGAAGAAGCCAUUACUAUGUAAUCUCACUGUUAAUGCUAUUUUGCAAGACGAAGGGCCUUCAGAUAACGAAAGCAUUGUGUCAACAGGUUUCCCAGGGUACCURCUGCAACAGUCGAACGUAAAAGCCUCRCGGAAGAAAGAAAGUACUUCUCGUAGUGAUUCUAGUAGUCUAGAGUUCGARUCAACAACCGAUGAAGAAAUUUCUGUUACCACAAAACCUACAGGGAAKAGAAACGAUAAUGAGAAUGUGGAUAAUGAUGACAUAGGUGAGGACGAGAGGARUGCGAGUUACAACACGUCUGMAAAGUUUCACAAAUCCAAACUAGAAACAAAAGAACUGACUGAAAGACUUAAGCUACGGAUACAAGGAUGCGUUGAGGAUUGUAAGCAGGCUGUAUUGAAAUCAUCGUACUCUCCUUACUCCAGCAACUCUAAAUGGAAAGAGACGGUSCAGGAYAAUGCGCGUUCAUUUGUUUCAGACAUCAGGCAGCUGAACCUGAAUGUUCAAGAAAUGAAUACAGUAGAUAUUCUACCAUCUGUGAAAUCCUCGCAGGAAACUCUUCAGAGCUUAAUAGGAUCCUUUAUAAUGGCUUCAUCAACAAACAGUCGAAUCUCUUUAUAUAAUAUAAGAAUACUMGCUGACAUUCUAAAUGACGUCAUUUGUAUGUAUGAUGACAUCAUAGACAGAACCGAGGARGCCGUUCGGUUAUUUCCAGAAAGGGAGAAGUGCAGAGAUGUUUCAGAGAAGACUUCUGCUAUGAAUACUCUCAUCGGAUCUUUAAGUCGGAAGUUCAAAAGAUUGUGAUUUUUAGUCGAUGCGCAAUCCAYAUUUUAUACCAAAGGACGAUCUAAAGGCAGAUUAUCAUAUAAAUAUCAGAAAAAUCAUUGCUAAUUUGUAUAGUUAAGUAAUCAUUGGUUCAACGUAUUUAAUUUCACAUAGAGAUAGAUUAUAUAUUUAAGGCAACUUUACGGCAUAUUUAAUUAUUUGAUUAGAUUUCACCCUUUUAAUCAAAGGAUGUAAGUAUUCAUAAAGAAUCGGUAUAAUUUAUAUUCAAUAUCUAGUUAUGUAUAUUAGAAAUGGAAUUUUUAAAGAAAAUGCACUUUAAUUUUAAAUACGAUGAGGAAUAGUGUAUUAGUUAAACUGAUCGUGUUUCUGAUUAUGAUUUUGAGCUAUUUAUAACUGACAAGGGUCCAAUUUUGAAUUAUGGGAUUGCCAAUAAGAAAUUAAAUUUUGUGGAUUGUUAUUGUUUUCCAUCUAUUAAUAACCUUACAGCGUAUCGGCACUAUCAACUCAAAUSAUCAGUAUUAAACAUACAUCAUCGCUUUAACUCCACUUUAAUGAUGUAGAUGGUUUCACGACCGCAGAAGCACACGACUGAUGUGCAAGAAACAUUUAUAUUCUUAAUAUGUUUCUCGGUACGUAUUGGAUUGGAAAUAGUAUUUCUAUGAAAGUUACUGUUUUAACUUUGUCCCCAAACAUUAUGUCAAGAAAACACUAAUAAAACAUCUMUUGAUUAAUCUUCAA